AUGGAAACCUGCAUCCCUCGAGUGGGAUGCUCGGAUUCCAUUGGAAGCUUCCGUCAAGGCCUCGGCCAUGUGGUGGGCUUUGGAGGCCAAUGUUUUGAAGGGCGUCUCUCUUCAGAGAGCGUCCCCUACAGUAACUCUGUAUACGGACGCAUCUAUGACGGGUUGGGGUGCCUACCUCAACGGUCAGUGUCGUUCAGGGGUCUGGCAGGGGGCUCAACUCCAGGAACACAUCAAUGUGCUGGAGAUGAGAGCAGUUCUGCUAGCCAUUCAGUCCCUACAGCCUCUGCUGCAGGAUCAGUCCAUUUGUCUGGCUACAGACAAUGCUACAGUGGUAGCUUAUUUGGAGAAUCAGGGGGGUACAAAGUCUCACAAGCUAUGUGCCCUCACUAUCAGGAUUCUUCUUCUUUGUCAGGAUAUGGGUCUGUCCCUCUCAGUGAGGCAUCUUCCAGGGCACCUGAAUGUUUUAGCAGACACGCUAUCCAGAUCACGGAGUCCAGUUAUCACAGAAUGGACCCUGAACAGGUCUAUAUUCAGGGCCAUCUGCAUGGUUUGGGAGACUCCUCUUGUAGAUCUGUUUGCCACAGCUCUGAAUUUCCAGAUUCAGACGUUCGUGUCUCCAGUUCCGGAUCCUUUGGCUUGGGAAGUAGAUGCUCUAUCCCUGAGCUGGGAGGGUCUUCUGGCAUAUGCCUUCCCUCCAUUCAACCUCCUGGGCAGGGUACUUCACAAGGUCAGGAAUCACGAUUGCUCGGUUCUCCUGAUAGCACCUCUGUGGCCCAGACAGCCUUGGUUUCCGGCUCUUCUGGAUUUGCUGGUAGAUCUCCCCUUGGCCAUUCCGGCCAGGUGGAAUCUCCUCAGCCAGCCCAAAUCCAGACAGUUUCACCCCAAUCCGGAACACCUACACCUUCACGCGUGGAGGCUAUCUCGGUCUGUCUCUUGCAGGCAGGCUUUUCUGCAGAAGUUACCGAUGGCAUCACAAGAUCUAUUCGAUCUUCCUCAUCUGCCAUCUAUGAGUCCAGAUGGUCAGUCUUCUGCAGUUGGUGUAUCAGCAGGAAGAUUGAUCCACUCGGUGCCUCUAUUCAGUUAAUAGCGGAGUUUUUCCUCUACCUUUUUAAGGUUAGGGAACUAGCGCCUAGCACCAUUCGAGGCUAUCGUUCAGCCUUAGCCAAUGUAUUUUCUUUUCGGGGUCGUUCAGAUGUUGGAACAUGUUCCACUCUCUCUAAUCUCCUCAGGUCUUUUUCGUUGGAGAAGCCUAAGGUAAGAAUCUUGACACCCCAGUGGGACUUGGCUUUAGUUUUGGACUCUCUUACAAGGUCUCCUUAUGAGCCUUUGGCUUCUGCUUCUGUUAAGUUCCUUUCUUGGAAGACUGUUUUCCUGAUUGCACUUGCCUCAGGUAGGCGGAGAAGUGAAAUACAUGCUCUUUCUUCUUCUCCGUCAUGUCUCAGGUGGUCACGAAACUAUUCCCUAGUGACCCUUCUCACUGACCCCUCCUUCUUGGCGAAAAACCAGGUUCCCAAUUUUUCACCAGAUCCUAUUAAGAUUCCUGCCUUAAAGGCUGUCUCUGGUCCCAAUGAUCAGGAUCUGCUACUUUGUCCUUGUAGGGCUUUGAAGUUUUAUCUUGAUAAAACUAAGGGGGGGCGGCAGGGUCCUAGACCUCGUCUGUUCUUGUCCAUCAAGGCAAAGCAGUCUGAUAUAUCUUCUCAGACUAUUUCCAGGUGGAUCUGUGAAACUAUUCAGAAAGCCUAUGAGGGGUCUACUGCAGAGACUCGUGACAGUGUUCGGGUUAGGGCACAUGAAGUUAGGGCUCUAUCUGCCUCUUGGGCUUUUCUCAACGGAACCUCAUAUGAUGAGGUCAUGGCAUCUGCCUUUUGGCGAGGCCGCAACACCUUUGCAGACUUCUAUCUGCGGUCGCUGUCCUCCCAUGCAGAUGGGUUAUAUUCUCUGGGUCCUCUUGUCACUGCUCAGUCAGUCACUUGUCCCCCAGUCAAUCCUUAG